UCGUCUGGGCUGUAUAUCAUAUCAGUGUAUACUGUAUGGUGUUACAACAUCGACAAAACGCAUCCAAAGAGAUUAGCAGUUACAACAACAUUGUGAUCUAUCUUCAUCGCUGAUAAAAGUAUACACUAUGUCAACACACAGUUGAGUUAGUAAUCAAUUAUUUAUAUUCAUGUUAUUGAAAACAACCGAUGGAUUCAUUUGCCUGGACCAUCAAGCAUCUAAUCCGUAGAUAGAGCUAGCAAUCAGCAGAAGGGUCAACGCCAACGGGCGGCCGCCUUAACCCUAACGUAAACCUUUCGUCCACGAUCCAUAAAUUUGGAUGUAAAUAAAGACUUUUGACAAGAAGAACUAGUGCUUGUACAUGUUAGCAAAACUUGCAGAAAAGGGAGGCCAUGAUUUAACAGUCAGCUGUGUGUGAAUUCUACUUCCAAGACCAUGGUUAUGAUGGUGUGACUUCAGGAAUUUCUUCAGAAUCAGACAACGUCGUAUGGCAAGGACAAGAUGAAGGAAGUAAAAUAGCAAACGUUGCUCAUUCCUCGAGUCUACAGCAGGUACACAAGUUCUGCCUAGGCUCGUCAAAAUGUCUAGUUGGUGGUAACUUGUAUUUGAUGAUGAUCAAUGGUCUUUAUAUUUUUAAACUUCCCUUCAAAAUCUCCUCAUCAAGGGGAUGGCCUAUCCCAUGGUUGCAAGGAAUAUUGCCGUUUCUGAUCUUCACCAACAAAAGGAAGUGAAUUGGUGCAGGUUACUCCACUGACUCUAUAAAAACACAUCAACUCAAAGCGUUCCUGUUCCAGAAUGAUGUUACUAUGAAACACACCAUCCAUGUGGCUCCUAGGAGGACUAGGACCCUUCUGGCAAGUUCCCAAAUGCAACAUCUACUACGUUCCCGGAAGCUUAAGAUACUUCUGAUUUGCCUGGUAGUCGGAACCAGUCUCAUGUAUUUCAGAGGCAUGUCUACCACUGGUGCCAUAGUGAAACCAGGGUCAAGUAAAGCCGCAUGUUCUCCGCAGGACCCAUCUAGCGAGAUGCCUCCCUCUUGCUCAAAAAUAACAUUCCUUCAUUCUCCUGAGAACAUCACCAAAGCAGUUACUGAGUCUUGGGGAAUAAAAGACUUGCUGCAAAUUAUCCGUGGUGAGGAUCUCUCCAAUACUGCCAACUUCCUAACCUUCAAAGGGGCCAGAAAGGGAGAGAUGACCUUUAGGAAAAAUCCUAAUUUUUUGCCAUCAAAAUGUCCGACGUCCCUUCAGUUAAAAAUGGCCAAUGACAGCUGGACGGCACUCAUGUAUCAUCCGGAAAUCCAUAUGCUAAUGAACAGCCAACUUCUCAACCAAUCAGAACACAGUAGACUAUUGCCAUACUACAUGCCAUUUGGGUACAAAACAAAAUCCAGGUUCCGUUAUAAAGAUGUUUUCAGUGUCCUAAAACUUUUUCCUGCGAGGGACUCAAUAUUUAAUUUUACAGGCAAGCAACGUCCGCAGUGCAUUUCCUGUGCUGUUGUCGGCAAUGGGGGAAUUCUAAAUGGCUCUCGAAAAGGCUCAGAAAUUGAUAUGCAUCAUAUGGUAUUCAGGGUAAACAAAGCAUUACGGAAAGGUCAUGAACUUGAUGUGGGCAACAGGACGACACAUUAUUUCUUCUUUGAUCGUUCGUUACGGGAAACAUCGGAGAGUGAUGUUCCCAAUGACCAGGGUAUGAUAAAAGUCUUUGUACCGUGUCGGGAUAAUGAUUACAAGUACAUUCGCAAUGUAGUCCAGAAGAAAGAACCAAAGAUAAAAGCCGAUGCUGAGGAUGUGAGAAUCCUACACCCAGACUUCAUCAGAUAUACACAUAAAGUCUGGGUGAACAGUCCAUUGGGAUCCUUCCGUCCCACCACGGGAACCAUCAUGCUUUUCACAGCUCUCCAUUCCGGCUGUGAUAAGGUCAGCAUCUACGGGAUGGGCUACAAUGACAACUUUACCUUGUACUAUUACGACCAAAAAUUCCGCCACUUCAAAAUGGACAAGGUUAGCCACGACACGAAAAGUGAGUUGAAGAUAUUGAAAGGCCUAGAUAGAAUUGGCGCCAUAGACUGGUACAAGCGUGGAAUCUACAGCUACUUCCAUUAGAAGUGUGUAUGUUAAUUUAUUGUUUUAAAUUAAAUUGUUUAUUUGACAACAGUCCUAUACAGAAUUGGUGCUGUGGGUACGUUUUUGCAGCCAAAAGCAAUAACUGUUUGGGUUGAACUUGCCAUUGGUUGAUCACUGGCCUUUGAUCAAAACUGUUUUUGGUAACGAUUGCAAAACCACACCCCUGAAAUACUUGAGUGCUAAACCCAUAGCUGCCUAACUGUGGGACUUCCUGUAGUAAGCAGUUACAUCUACCUCGGGGGGAAAUUUGUUGAUGAACAAAAAGUUGGCCUCUAUCUAUACACUGUCUUUACUAGUCAGGCAUGCAACUUUUUAACUGGUCAGCCAAUUUCCUCAUUUUUAUUUCUUAGCUAUGCCUUUAGCGCACAUACCUUCCACAGAUACUGCCAAUUACUCUGCAUACUGAUUGCCCUCCGUGGCCUCCAUGUAAUUCCAUGCCUCAACGAUAUUUUGUCCUGUGACCAGUCAGGCAGAAAUGGGUUUACUGGACUGGUUGUAUUUUAAGUAGUUCAAGAAGUUGUUUUUUAUGCACAGAAUAUAAACCAUCAGAUCAUUAAUUAAUACAGUUUAAGAAUAUAAACCACCAAAUCAUUAACUAAUACAGUUUUUUAAUGAGCAGUCCUGUUUGUCGGAAGGUGGUCGUGACCAUGUCUACCUGGUAUUAAACGUCUGAUAAAGACAUAAUAGCUGGAGCUGUUAAGACCAGUUGGUUAUAGUGGUAUUGGCCCUCGUAGCCAUAUAAACCACCAGAUCAUUAAUUAGUACAGUUUAAGCCAUCCUGUUUGUUGGAAGGUGGUCACGUGACCAUGUUUACCUGGUAUUAAACGGCUGAUAAAGAUAUAAUAGUUCGUUGUAGUGGAAUUGGCCCUCGUAGCCAUAUAAACCACCAGAUCAUUAAUUAGUACAGUUUAAGCCGUCCUGUUUGUUGGAAGGUGGUCACGUGACCAUGUUUACCUGGUAUUAAACGGCUGAUAAAGAUAUAAUAGAUGGAGCUGUUAAGACCAGUUGGUUAUAGCGCAAUUGGCCCUCGUAGCCAUACUGUCUUUAAAUGCAAGCUUACACGGGUACUAAAGCGAAACGCAAUCACAACAUAGUUCCUAAUGGAGAGUCUUAUACUGCACGUGCAUUUGCACAAUCAUUGAGUGUCACAUUCAGUUUGACCUUAGGACAGAAAUUGAAAGCUAUAUAAAAAAAUUGAAGUUUAAUUACAGUUGUUCCUUCAUUUGUACACAGUUAAACAGAAAAGAGUAUUCAUGACUGGGAAUGAAAGAGUAGUGACUUGGUCCUAAUUUUUUUAUAAUUAGCCAUGGUUUUGGCAUCACCGAGGGCCUAUAGUUUUAACUGUGCCCCAAUUAUUAAGCAGUCAAUUAUUCUUUUAUAAAGUGUUUAAAGAUUUUUCUAAUCAACAACACUGACUACAACGGUGAAAGGUCGUCUGCGAACAAAGGUUCGGGGCACUAUGCCCCGGGCAUAGUCAUCUAUGACGUCAUCUUGAUAGAAAAAGGGGUCAUAGCUAUUUCCACGACUCCAUUUUUAACCAAUCAGAUUAGAGGAUUCUUUUUAUGGGGCAUAUAAUAAAGACUAUUACAUGGUGUGCGCGGUACCUAGAUGUCUUUUACCCACCUCGAACCCAAGUAGUUGUGCAUCUGUGUUGUGAUGCUCUUACAAACGUUACGUGUACGAGGAUGAUAAAUAGUUUGUUACAAAACAAAUAUUGACUGCUUUUACUUGUGCUAUGGUUAAAACUCUUGCACCUUUGGAAAAUGGAACGCUCCGGAGAUUACCUCGGGAGUAGUAGUUUUAACCAUAACACUCAAAGCAGUAAAUAUUUGUAUAAAAGAGACUGAAGACUUUGCUUGCUGGUAUAUUUGUGGAGUAACUUAUGCGUCAUGCAAAAGAACUUUGUGUCAUCAGUAAAAAAUUUAUAAUCUGUAAAUAUUUAAUUACAAUUACACAAUGUUAUUUCUGUGUCAUGUUUAACUGAAUGCCAAAUAUCACAUUAUUUAUUUGUUUCUUGAAGUCUUGCAUUUACGAAUCAACUCAUAAUUUAUUGUGAAUCAUUGUCUAUAUGUGGUAAAUUGUUGUGUGUUUUUUUUGAAAAGUUGUAAAUUUCAUAGUAUAUAAAUAAUUAUUGUUCUAGUAUUGAUGUUAAUUUCAAUGUUUGAAACUUGUAUAGUGUGAUUGGUAAUGUGUACUUGAAAUAUUUUGAAACAGUUAUGGUCUAUUAGGAUAUGAAAUUGUGAUAUUUUUGUUGUACAACAAGUCCCAUUGUGGUCACAUCAUAACACACAGCUUUUCUAUCAAAUCCCAUAAUCAUCAAAUAGACUUAAAGGAAUAUUACAGAAUUAGUUUUGGUACCUGUGGAAGUUUGGGAUCGAUCAGGCUUCUGAGUCACUAGAAAUUAGUGAAAAACAGAUUACACAUUUUGUUUGACAUCAAUACACAGACACUUACUGAGCGUUAAACUCCAAAUGGUAAAUUAGUUUGAUUUAUUUCUACAAGUAUGACAUUUCAAGGGAUGUUUAAUACUAUCAUUAGACCAUGUAAGUUUUAUGUAAAUCUGUGAUCUUAGACAAAUUUUGUUAUUACCAAUUCUGUAAUGUUCCUUUAAAGGAUGGGUCAACGAUUUGUUUCAAUACUGAUAAAUUUAUGACCUUAAAAUCUUAUUUAGUGGGUAGCACUUGCAGCCGUUGAUAAUUAUGCAAAUACUUUGAUAUAAUGCAUUAGCGAUUUCCUUUAUUUCCUUUUUUCCCACUUGAAACAAAAACUGUAGAAAAUACGGGAAAAACAUUGUUGAUUUUUAUCAAACACAUGUAAUUCAAAUUUUAUGAUGGUGUGUUGGUGAGUCCAUUUUUUUAAAUAUUGUUUUUAAUAUAGAUUAUUGUAAGUAUUACAUUGGUUAUGCAAACUUCCAACUUUUAACGGGCUUUUUUUUUUGGGGGGGGGGUGUUGAUUGUGGUAGGUUGGUUAUUAUUGCACAAAUAGUUUUUAAAACAGCAGAUAUUCAUAAUUGUAAUUAUUUGAUUGAAGCAAAACAGAAUGUUUUCCUCCAUUGACGAAAUUGAUUGUAAUGAACGGUGCAUUGUGGACGAGUUGUCUAGAGCAACAAACUCAAAUUUUGAUGGUUGAGUUGACUUAUCAGAGUGUGUGUUCGAAUCCAGGUCCUGACACUUCUUUUUUCAUUAGAGCGAGAUAAGCAUCGCCAUUUUUUCAAGAUUGACGUUAGAUUACUCAUUUUAUUGUGUGUUAUAUAUAAGAUUUCACUAACAUCACAAUGUUGGAAGGCCACUUCAAGGUGAGAGCUACACUUCACUGAUUUGGGCUGUAGACCCAAAUCAACUCACACCCCGGGCCACUGCCACCUACUCCAGGGGCUGAAACAGGGUUUACCACCUCCACAGUUCAAGGAUGAAGGCAUGUGUAUCAGCCACUACGUCCAAGCUGGUAGAGCAGAAUGCACCACCUCCCUUGUGCUAUUUACGAAGUAGUUAGCACAAGUGUCAUGAAUGGGAUUUGAACCCACACUACUUCUAAGGACACAAGAGCUUUGUUCUGGUGAACUGGACCACUCUGCCACAACAUGCCACCUUUAAAAGGACUUUAAAAAAAUCUAACAUUGAGCAUAUUGUUGCUCAAUAGAAUUGAUCAUGUUUUUUUUAUCAGAGGCUGAAUAAAUCGAUCUAUUGUUGGUACAGUGAU